AUGAGUUUAUCCCGCCGUUCUGAGGAGGUUAAAAAGAAAUCACAUCACAAAAAAAGUAUUCGUAAAUUGAAGAAUUUACAAAGGUUUAAUCGUGUUGUCAGAAGAUCAAAUAAUAAAUGGAAAAUGCCUCAGAUACUAAAACACUUUAAAAGAUCACAGAAGAGAGUAUUAGUUAAAAGGAGACAUUUUUUAACAAAUUAUCCUGAAAUUAAGUUUUAUAAGCCAUUAUGUAAAAAAUUGCAAAAUAACAACAACUCAUUAGCAAAAGCAUUGUCUAAAGAAAAACAGGAAAGUCAACUAUUAUUUUCUCAAAAUGUUGCUUUAAUUGCAGAGGUACAAGACUUAGGUUUAGCUUGUAAUAAACGUGAUUCUAUUAUAUCAAAUGUCUUGAAGAAUGCAAAAGAAAUGCUUAAAAUGCUAGUGACAAUGACUGGUUAUUUAACAAAUACAAUUUCAUCUUGUCAAGAAUUUGCAGACUCUGUUGCCACAAAUGUGCAGAUGUCUUAUAAUUCUGCUGAAAAAACAGAAUCAAUGAAAAGACUGUCAAUAAAAUCUCCAACUAAAGGAGUAGUGAAGCCUAUGGUGAGCGGUUACACUAUUACAAAACCCACCAUUAAUUUAAGUAGAGUAAACAUGCAACAUAUUAAUAAUCCAUCAAACUUAAGUAUUAUACCAGAGGUAACAACACCCCCUAGAAAUGAAGAAUUAAAUAGUUCAAGGUCUUCUAAUGUUUCUGAAAGACAACGUAAAUGUAAAAAUGGUCGCACAUACAGAAUGCCUGAAAGAUUAAUUAUUGCUUCACCAAGAGACAGUGAUGAAAAUGAACGAAGGUUAAGUGAGAGAAAUAGUAGGCAUUCUGGAAGAAUGUCACGGAGAUUGUCAAAGUCAAAAUCAAGAUUGUCAAGGAAUAGCAGUUCUCGAUUUAAUAUUGAAAAUUUAGAACAUAUAGGGAGUCCCAGAGUAAAGCUUAAUGACGUAUCGAAAUUAUUGCAAAAUUCUCAUAGUAUUAAUAUUCGAAUGCUAACAGAGAGUCAAAAUAAUCAAGAGAUUAAUAGCUCAGAAAAUAGUGAUGGUGUGGCUCUUGAAGAUUCUCAGACAGGAAUCAUACAGGAAACACCACCUUCUGAUGAUGAUUCCAAAGAUGAUAAUGAUAAACCAAUCGAAAAUGAAAGUGAACAAAGUAAUAAUCAAUUAGAUACUACAGCUCAACAAGAGAAAGAAAAGGUUAAUGAGACAAAACGUCAUACAACAAACUGGGAAGAUCCUCUUGAAGGACCAAGUUGGUUAUUUAACAAUUCUCAAGUCGUGCCUUCUUUCACAAGUAAAGACAAAAAGACUGAUGAUGUAGAUGUCUCUAAUAAUGAUAUUAUGAGUACGAUUUUAAAUGCAGCAGAAUUAGAGGAUGUAUUCAAUAAUGAAAAAUCUAUGGAAGAAAUGUCAUCAUUAUCAAUGCCAAGUAGACAUUCAAGGCAUAUGAACAACUCUAAAAGCAGUAAACCAAUAAAUGAUGAAAGUGAAUCUAAUAUAUUUGAAGAAAAUGAAAACAAUGAUGCAUUUUAUAAUAUGAAUGUAGUGACAGAUACCAAUGGAGAUGAGUGUACAACUGAGAGUGCAUCUACAAUGAAUUUACCAAAUUUUGUUACACAAAGACGAGGCUAUUUUGAAAGCGAAGAUGAAGAUGAUUUUACUCUAAUGUAUGUGCGACAACCACGUAACAUGCACUUCGACAUAAACGAUUUGAAAUUGCCAGUUUUAGAACAAUCUACUUUGAAGCCGAUGGUUUCAGCUGAACCAGAACCAGAAGUAACCACUACACUUCAAAAGAUAUCCCAAAUUUGUCCAAUCCCGUCUGUUUCACAUAACUCUUUAGAUGAAUCUGCGUUUAAUCAAUCUACCGUAAAACUGCCACUGCUGAAUAGUAACUAUGAUGAGAAAGAAUUCACGCCAUUAAAAAAAAACUUGCAGCAGAAAAAAAAAAGGAAGAAAGCGAUUGUAACCCAAUCCAAUGAUAUGGUUCAAAAUGCAUCAUCCUUUAGAAAAAGUAAUUAUCAGAAAAAAAGGAAAAACAAGUUAGUACAGGAUCCAAGCACUGUUAAGGUAGUAUUACAGAAAUUGAACGAAUCUGAUGUUAAAUCUAGAACUCCUUCUCCGAAUGAAAUACUUUCUCGUGAUUCGAAUCAGUCUUUAAGUCCUGUAUCUUCACACGCGGAUAACUCGAGUGACUCAGAAAGUAGUAUGAGUACCAAUAGCACAUGUACUUCUAGUCGUCCUAGACGAAAACGAGCUCCAACCAGUUUUUAUGAGCCAAAUUUGAAAAUGAAACUACGAAGGAACGAGUAACUACGCUACAACAUUUGUCGGUACACAAAACACAAUUGAUAAAACACAGUGUUGUGUUUUCAGAUUCAUCGAUAUUCUUUUUGAUGUAAAUAAGUUAAUGACGUGUGUGGUGAAUGAAGAAGACCUCACAGAAACUAGAAAUUAAAUUAAAUUCAUUAAACAUCUGUAAUCAGUAAAGCAAGUUCACUCCUCGAGCCGUUUUGCUUCCAUUGUUGCGCACAUUUUUG